AUGUUUCCUAAUAAAAUACAACCUUUUCAUUACCCUCCUCCUCCACUCUUUGUUUGUUUCUUUCUUUCUUUCUUCCUUUCGUUUUCUUUUUCUUUCUUUUUCCUUAACUUGAUAUCAUUACUUCUAUUUCCUUCCGAAAUGUUUCUUACAUUUCUCUAUUUAUUUCUCCUACUUCUUUUUCUUCUGCCGCUGCUCCCUCUUCUUUUAUUUUUCCUCUACUACUUCUCCUCCUCCUCCUUCUCCCCUUUCUGUUUCUUCUCCUUCUUCUCCUCUUCCUCCUUCUCCCUCUUCUGUUUCUUCUCCCUCUUCUACUUGUCCUUCACCCCCUUCUGUUUCUUAUCCCUCUUUUUCUUCUCCUUCUUCCACUUCUGUUUCUUCUCUCUCCUACUUCUCCUCCUCCUCCUCCCACUUCUGUUCCUUGUACCUCUUCUACUCCUCCUCUCCCUACUGUUUCUUGUCCCUCUUCUACUUCUCCUUCUCCCUCUUCUGUUUCUUCGCCCUCUUCUACUUCUCCUUCACCCCCUUCUGUUUCUUAUCCCUCUUUUUCUUCUCCUUCUUCCACUUCUGUUUCUUCUCUCUCCUACUUCUCCUCCUCCUCCUCCUCCCACUUCUGUUCCUUGUCCCUCUUCUACUCCUCCUCUCCCUACUGUUUCUUCUCCCUCUUCUACUUCUCCUUCUCCCUCUUCUGUUUCUUCGCCCUCUUCUACUUCUCCUUCUCCCCCUUCUGUUUCCUCACCCUCUUCUACUACUCCUUCUCUCCAUUCUGUUUCUUGUCCCUCUUCCUCUUCUUUUUCUUCCUCUUCUGUUUCUUCUCUCUCUUCUACUUUUCCUUCUACCCCUUCUGUUUCUUCGCCCUCUUCUACUUCUCCUUCUACCCCUUCUGUUUCUUCGCCCUCUUCUACUUAUCCUUCUCCCUCUUCCUUUUCCUCAUCCUCUUCUACUUAUCCUUCUCCCCCUUCUGUUUCUUCUCCCUCUUGUACUUCUUCUUCUCCACCUCCUCCUCCCUCUUCUGUUACUUCUCCCUCUUCUACUUCUCCUUCUCAUCCACCUUCAAAUUCAUAA